AGACCAAUCGUCCAUUACUAUCACAUUAAUUCAAUGCACACCUAACACAUCCAUCUGCUUUGAUUGAAAUAAAAGAGAUAAGAUUUCUUCACUGUCGAAGUCUUUAAUGGUUUUCUUUGUACUUUUCCAGCACCAAUGGAAGUUACUGUAGGAGUUCCUCUGCCCAUUCUUCUCCUAAUCAGUCUCAUUCCGGUAACCCAUUCGAAAUCCACCAUUGAACCCUGCAACUCUUCUGAUUCAUGCGUCUCUCUUCUCUAUUACAUCCUACCUUACGACUCAAAGCUCUCCGAGAUAGCCUACCGCUUUGGAGUGAACCCCUUUGAUAUCUUAGGUGCUAACUCCAUUAGCCCCAAAACUCUAGGUGACGAAAUUUUCAAGGCCGAAUCCGUUGUCAAAGUCCCUAUUCCAUGCUCAUGUGUGGAUGGAAUCCGAAGGUGCAUGCCGCCAACUUACACUGUCCGCCCAGCUGACACAGCUGCUUCAAUAUCAGAAGGUUUUGGUGGGUUUGUUAGUGCAGAACAGAUUAGGAGCAGGAAUGGAAUUAAUGCCACGAAUCCUUUAACAAGUGGGCAGAGCCUUGUGAUUCCAUUGCCAUGCACAUGUUUUGGCAAUGUUAGCAAUGGGAUCCCUGCAGUCUACAUGUCGUACGUGGUAAAAAGUGGAGAGAGUUUGUCUAGUAUUGCAUCAGAAUUUGGCACCACUGCCAUGGAGUUGGAGGCUGUCAAUGGGCUUGGACAAGCAGUGGUUAAUUCUGGAGAUGUUCUCUUUAUUCCAAUUUCAGCUUGUUCAUCUGCUAACUUGAAGUGGUAUAACGAGAGCUUAAUAGUUGCAAAGGGUUCCUUUGCUUUGACUGCCAGUAACUGCAUCAAAUGUGUUUGUGGAACCGAGGAUCUCAAUUUGAGAUGUUGGCCAUCUGGUAUUGCACCUUCAUGCUUUCAAUUGCAGUGCAAGGACUCUGAUCUUUUCAUAGGCGACUCUGUUGUGAACAAUACCCCAUUUGGUUGCAAAGUUACUACUUGCAUCUAUCGCGGUCAUAAUGGAGGCAAAAUUUAUAGAAGUUUAGCUUAUUCUUGGCAGGCUCCUUGCCCAGGUAAUCAAUGUUACAACAUGGCAUCACCAAGUCCAGCCCCAUCUCCAUUCGUUCUUACAAUAUCUCCAUCUCCAUCACCCUCCCCACCGUCUAAUCCAACUGCUGGGACCAUUGCCCCUAAUUCUAAUACUACAAUCAAACAAAACUUCAACUUGUCUAGCCAAGGAACAUUAUUAUUGCUAACUCAUGGAGCUUUCUUCUACACUUUGCUGCCCUUGGGGUUGGGGCUAGAACUUUCAUUUUUCUUGUGAUUCUUGGCAUUUAUUUUUUUAUUUAUUUUUGCUAAUUAGUGUAAUCUUUCUUUUAAACUUUUUUAUGGUUUUUUUGAAUAUAUUUAGCGGAAUAAUCUUGAUAAUUUUGUCCCAACAAGAUAUUGACAAUCAUAGGAAAGCAACGUGUUCGAGUUUUAA